AUGUCGGCUGGGGGAGCGUCUGUGGGAGAGGCAGAGGCGGAGGCCAACUGCAGCAGUACCGCCAUAACCGCUGACGCCGCCAAUGCCGACGCCAACAUCUCCCACCAACUACAGCACCCACAGCACCCCGGGGUCCAAACACAGGCCCCGACAGUGGACCUGGACCUGGACCUGGGCUUCGCUGACGUCUCUAGCCCCGAACUUUUCCAGCUGCAAGCCCCAUUCGAUGUCGUAAACAACAACAAUACCAUCGCCAACACCGAAAACAAUCCCUCCAGUUCGCCCGCAAGCACUACCCGCAGCAAAUCGACAUCUUCGCACCUUGCCACUUCAUCACCUUCUGGCUCACCCAACGCAAACAAAUCAACACAACCGCGCAAACCUUCGCCUGGUCUAGCUGCACGUCUCAAAGCACUUGGUUUGGCCACUCACAAGAAAUCAGCAGAUUCGUCGCCCAACCAACAAGACAACAUUGGCCGACUGCCCGAAGAUCAAAUUCGCCAGCUCGACGAGAAACUUAAGACGAACUCGAUCGAGUCCAUUAUUCAUCGCCGCGGUCGUCCGUGGAAGGGCAUCGUACAUCACAAGCCUUCCGAAGCUUCUAAAACACCAUCCGUAACCUCAACAGACGAGCACGGCACUGAGGUGUUGCUUUCCACUGCAGACGUUGCCCUAGGCGCGUCUCUCGUCCUACCCGAGAUCACAACAACAGCACCGCUGGACAUGGAGACACACAAAUACCGCCUGCCCGACCACACCAAUGGAAAUGGCACAAAAGUACAGCUUGAAACACGACGAGAACACCUGGAGCGAAGCGCCUCUCAGAAUGACUCCGACUUACCACCCCCUCCGCCCCCGAAGGACACGCCGCCCGUCCCGCAAGCCGAGUUUACGCCUGAUCUAGCCUCGUACUUCAACCCCAGUCACCAGCGUCCCGGAUCCAUCUACACAUUAUCGCGCGCAUCAUUUGCCAAUCAGCUAGCCCAGCUGACGUCGCUCCAACUCCCGGACGCCGAGUCCCUCUCUAGUAAAGUUUCCGCUAUCCCGACCGCGCAGGUUGCCUCGAAGGCCCUCAUCAAUGCUGCCGAGCAGAUUAGAAGUUGGAUAAAUAAGGCGUCCGAGGUUAUCAGUGGAUUGGACAGCGACGAUGACGUCGAGUGGGCCUCCGCAGGCGGUCGCGAAGGCCUGGAAGAGGUCGAACUUGCCAUCCAUCGCUUCGAGGAUUUGAUCAAAGUUUACGUUAGUGCCAUUGAGGAGCUACAGGUCCGCGAAGAUAUCGCCAACGUUCCGCCCGAGGACCUCCUCCGCGCCGUCUCUCAAAUGGAGUCCAUCAUCGAAGAGUGGGCCAAUAUCAAAGCGACGCUGAACACAGUCAAGGGCCAGGUUGAACUUGCCAUGGAAUGGGAGGAACUCUGGAAUUCUGUUCUUGGGGACAUUCAGACGGAAAUGGACGAGCUAAGCCGCCUUGUCUUCGAGAUGGAGGAGCGUCGCCACAAGUCUCUCAUAGCCGCCACGUCCGGCGACGGCGUCGACAUUGGUGAUCUUGAGAACAUUGUGGAAGACACCCCCGCGCCAGUAGUAAAGGCGCAGACGCAAAACCGGUUCAGUCUGCCAGGCCUGGCUCUGAGCCCUGGGUCGACGUCUCCUGGAACGCCUACCUUGUCGCAAGAUGAUUCGAGUCUUCUGGCUCUUUUCGCCCGAAUGCAGCCCCUGCGCGCAUCGCUAGACUUCCUUCCCAUGAGACUCGCGGUGUUCGCUGCCAGAGCCGAGAAGUCAUUUCCCACAGCUUGCGAAGAGUUGGAGAUGCGACGUGAAGGGCUGGACGGCAGCUACAAGAAAUUGGAGAAGGACGCCGAAUCCUUGCGCAAAGAACUGGGCGAAGACCGAUGGGUGUUGGUUUUCCGUGGUGCCGGACGGCAAGCCCAGAAGAUGAUCGAAUCCGUCGAAAGAUCCAUGACUAAGUUGAGGGAGGCUAUUGAUACCGGCGUUCAUCUGAGCAGCCCACCGACGAUGAUCAAGAAAAUCGAAGGCUACGACGCAAAAAAGACGCACUAUGGCCCUGCCAUCGAACGAGUUCUGGCCAUCAUUGACAAAGGCGUCAAAGAUCGCCUCACGGUGAACGGCGAGAUCCUCCGGCUUCAUGCGGAAAUGCAAUCUAAGUGGGAGUUGAUCAAGGACGAGAUGAGGGAAAUGGACGUAGUUGUUGACGAAGUCCAAGCGGACAACCGGGGCCAGCAGAAGCGGUCGCGAGACCCCGGGCAGCUCACCUCCUUCUUCGGUCAUCAUGUCGAGCCUCGGAUUCGACCCAAUGACCCCGACGCCCAAGGCGGCAAGGAACCGUUCAGCGAGUAA